AGACAGAUUUGGAUUCCAUUUUAGACAUAAAACAUUACACAUAAACCAAACAAACCCGUACCGUAGUUCCGACAUUAUUUUUCGUAUUAGGGUUUAUGAUUUAGGGAUUUUCACUCCCUCCCUGCAUUUUUCAAUUUCUUAGUAGGGCUGUUUCCAGAGGCAUUCUUUAAAGCAUCAAAACUACGUGUAUCACUGGCGGCCCGAAAUUUCGCCUUCCCCCAUUCCCGGCUGUAGCACGGGCAAAUCUAUCUUCCUUAUUUAUUUUUCCCGAUUAUCUUCCAUUCUAUCCUGAGAUACUACUAUCAGGCCACGAAUGGGGAAGAAAAAGCAGAAACUGAUACUGCCGCCGGAGCUUCCUCCGGAGAUUCCCGAUGAAGAAAUCGAAGUUUCCGAUGAGGACUUGAAUUUCGUUAAGGAGAACGUAGACUACGUUGGUUUUGUUUCCAAUUUGGACACUCAGUCAAUCACCAAGCAUGUUACACGGGUGGCGGAUGCGAAAGAGGGGGCUUUGGAAGCUCUGUACGAGAGAAAGAGAAAGAAGUUGGAAAAUAAAGAGAAAGAGUCGACUGCACUGGAAGUUGAUCCCGUUGAUGCACUUCCUGUGAAGACUUUGGAUGGAAAACUUUACUAUAGAAAAGAUUGCCAUAUGAAAGCUGACUUUCUGACAGUGGCAAAGGAGCCCAAGGAGAAUGAAGAGGAAGCAAAAGAAGGUGAAUCUAUUACUAAAGAUCCUUCUGUCGUGAAGUUAACAAAAGCAGAAAAACGUGCGAAGCAAAAGAAGCUGAGAAAAGAGGCAAAGAAACAAGCAAAGGAGGAAGUGCAGCAAACUCCUCAGGCUGAAGUGCUGGAUGAAGUGAAAAAAGACCUGACAGAAGAAGAAACCAAGGAGAAGAAGAAGUAUAAACUUGCUGAGUUGGGAACUUCACUACUUGCUGAUCCUGAAUCCAAUAUCAAGAAUAUAAAGGAGAUGCUGGAGAUUUCAAAAGAUGGAGAUAGUUCCAUCGUCAUACUGGGCCUCAAAUCCUUAUUGGCUGUUUUUAAAGACAUCAUUCCUGGCUUCCGCAUCAGACUGCCCACUGAAAAGGAACUAGAGAUGAAGGUCUCAAAGGCUGUUAAAAAAACGAGAUUUUAUGAGUCCACUUUACUGUCUGCAUACAAGGCAUAUGUGCAAAAGUUGGUGUCACUGCAAAAUCAGUCUGUCUAUAAGCGGGUCGCAAUCCGUUGCUUAUGUACUUUGCUAGCAGCCGUACCACACUUUAACUUCAGGGACAGCUUGUUGGCAGCAGUUGUGAAAAACAUUAGUUCCCAAGAUGAUGUCGUGAGAAAACUUUGCUGCACAGCAGUUAAGUCACUUUUUGCUGAUGAAGGGAAACAUGGCGGUGAAGCUACUGUGGAGGCUGUUAAAUUGAUUGCCGACCUUGUAAAAGCUCACAACUGCCAACUGCAUCCUGAUUCUGUUGAAGUGUUUUUGUCCCUGUCCUUUGAUGAAAAUCUUGGAAAAUCAGAAAGACCAGAAAUGGACAAAAAAACUAACAACAAAAAGUCCAAGAAGAGGAAGGGUAUGGAUGAACCAAACCAAGUGCUUGAGAAUGAUAGGAAAAAAGUUAGGAAAGAGAUGUUGUCGAAGACAAGGGAGGAGGUAAGUGCAGAGUUAAAAGCUGCUUCAUAUGCUCAAGAUCCUCAAGAGAGAAGAAGGAUGCAGUCACAGACACUUUCAUCUGUGUUCCAGACAUUCUUCCGCAUCUUAAAGCAUGCUUUGCAACCAGUGUCAGAAGCCAGUUCUGUCCCUGGUGCAUCAGGAAGCGUUCCCUUGCUUGCCCCUUGUCUGGAUGGAAUCGGAAAAUUUUCUCAUCUUAUUGACUUGGAUUUUAUGGCUGAUCUCAUGCACUGUCUGCGAAAACUUGCUGGCGGUGGCCGUAAAUCAGCAAAUUCAUCUGAAGAAUCUUGUCAUCUAACGGUGACUGAACGCUUGAGAUGCUGCAUUGUUGCGUUUAAAGUGAUGAGGAACAAUCUUGACGCUCUCAAUGUUGAUCUACAGGAGUUCUUUGUCCAAUUUUACAAUCUGAUACUUGAGUAUCGACCAGGGAGGGAUCAGGGAGAAGUAUUAGCUGAAGCUUUGAAGAUAAUGUUGUGUGAUGACAGACAACAUGAUAUGCAAAGGGCUGCAGCCUUUAUAAAGCGAUUGGCCUCGUUUUCGCUAUGUUUUGGGUCUGCUGAGUCCAUGGCUGCAUUGGUCACUGUAAAGCAUCUUCUGUUGAAGAAUGUCAAAUGCCGUAAUCUGUUAGAAAAUGAUGCCGGAGGUGGGUCUGUUGCUGGUGCGAUUGCUAGUGUAACCGUACCGGUUGGACCACCUGUAUCCGGUAUUACCGAUAAUACCGGCCGGUACGAUACGAAAUACCAACCUCACGCAGUGGACCCCAACCGAAGUGGUGCACUGGCUUCUGUUCUUUGGGAGCUUAACCUUUUAACAAAACAUUAUCAUCCAUCUGUCUCAACAAUUGCGUCUAGCAUCUCAACCAUGAACACUACCAAUAACCAGGUGUAUCACACGCACAUAUCCCCACAGCAAGCCUACAUGGACCUAUCAAGAGAAAGCAAGUCCUUCGAUCCACCUGGCGAUGUGAAAAAAACGAGCGUCAAGAAAAGGAAAGGAAAUAAUAAAGCACUUGUUAAAGUUGGGUCGGGCCUCGAUUUGACCUGCCAAAUCGAUGAGAAUGAGGUUAGGACGAAACUUGCUGAACAUUUCUGGUUGAUUAGGGAUAUUAAGGCAAACGAGAGAUUGAGGUCUGAGUUGGACCGUACUAUUAUGUCACUUAAUCUUUACGAACAAUACAAGAAGCAAAAGAAGAGGAAGACGAGAAGGUAACGGAUGUGAAGGAUGAGUGGCAAAAAUGCUAAGUUUGUCAUUUUCCUGGCCAGAGAGCUGUUUUUAAGUUUUGAGUCUAUUCUUUUUGUUUAUUAUGUCAUUAAGAAAAAGGUUUACAGCCUGCAAUCAAUGAUUUUUGUUGGAAAAUUUUGUAGAAUCCUUCUAUUUUGUUUGGGUCAAAUGAGGUCUGAUAUUGUUAAGCGGAGUUAAGAUUUUGUUUUGUUAGCUGAACGUCUUCCUUAGUAAUAAUGCGUGCCUAGUUAUUUCAUGUUACAGUCCCUGAAUUUUUUGUUUUUGUUCUAAUUCAUAGGUGACAGGCAAUUCAACACGAUGGUUAAAAUGUUAUUUGAAUGUUGGUAUCAAUAUUUUUAUUUUUCAACAUGGACGAGAUUCUGCAGUGUAGCUCGUUUCUUUGAAUAUUUCUA